AUGAGCUCCUACGUAGCCAAUUCAUUCUAUAAGCAGAGCCCCAAUAUCCCUGCCUAUAACAUGCAAACUUGUGGGAACUAUGGAUCGGCCUCAGAGGUGCAGGCAUCCAGGUACUGCUACGGCGGAUUGGACUUAAGCAUCACUUUCCCACCGCCUGCGCCUUCCAACUCUCUCCACGGGGUAGACAUGGCUGCCAAUCCCCGGGCUCACCCCGACCGCCCCGCCUGCAGCGCCGCAGCCGCUCCGGGACACGCUCUGGGCAGAGAUGAAGCGGCUCCUCUGAACCCCGGGAUGUACAGUCAGAAGGCGGCUCGCCCAGCGCUGGAGGAGCGAGCUAAGAGCAGUGGGGAGAUCAAAGAGGAGCAGGCGCAGACAGGGCAGCCUGCCGGACUGAGCCAGCCACCGGCCGCGCCACAGAUUUACCCGUGGAUGACCAAACUGCACAUGAGCCACGAGACGGACGGCAAGCGGUCCCGAACCAGUUACACGCGCUACCAGACUCUGGAACUAGAAAAAGAAUUCCACUUUAACCGCUACCUCACUCGCCGCAGGCGCAUAGAGAUCGCCAACAACUUGUGUCUCAACGAGAGACAGAUCAAGAUCUGGUUCCAGAACCGCAGGAUGAAGUGGAAGAAAGAUUCCAAAAUGAAAAGCAAAGAGGCUCUCUAG